AUGGGAACGCCGAACCUAGAGUCAUUAGCUGAUAAUCCAAGAAAGGUGCGCAAGGGGACGCGGUCUUGCUGGGAAUGCAAGCGACGGAAGAUUAGGUGCAUUUUCCCAGCGUCUGGAGAGGCCCCAUGUCUCUGCUGUCAACGCCGACGGGUGCCCUGCAUUGGCCAGGAGAUACCAGAGUUUUUGGCGCUGCCCAAAAAGGGUAAUCGCGGUCUCGGUGAUCGCAUCGCAAGAGUGGAAGAUGCUAUGAAAGCUUUGCUUGCUACCAAGGAUAUCGGAGCCGCGAGCCAAGUCGAAGAAGAAUUACAGCAAAGGGGACACUCUAGUACUCUCAAAGCUUAUUCCUCAGAUUUGACGCCCUCGUCAGUGCGAGCUCCUCCCACCCCUGCAAGAACGCUUGAAGAACACUCUCUACACUCAGCACUGCUUAGCUCAGACUCGCCAGCUGUGUCUGAUCGAGCUGAGGCUGAAACCACAGCCCUUCAUCCCUUAUGGGCAGCCUUUCCAGCCGACGACGACGUCAAAAUUCUGCUUCAGGAGAGCCCGAGAACUUCACGUUAUACCUACAUGGUCAACACCCAGCCGCAUAGCAAAUUGACUUACGAGGCGCUCGGGGCGCCAUACCCUUCAGCGAAAUGUCCUGAUUCCAACACUCAUCCCAUCCUUCUCGCCAAGUGUAUGCUCAUUUUUGCCAUCACUCUACAGGCUCCAUGUGAGGAGUUUAUCGGCCUCUCGGAGCAACCGAGCAUCCUCAGCCGUCGCUUGGUUGCGGCUGCUGUGACAUGGUUGAGGGACCAGGAGGAGACGCACAGCUCUGUCGAGAGCCUGCUUUGCAUCAUUCUCGAGGCUGUCUAUGAAACCAACUGCGACAAUCUUCGAAAGGCGUGGGUCAUCUAUCGCAGGGCACUGACAAUUGCACAAACGAUGGGCCUGCACCGCUCGCCUAUCCCUCCCCUAAAGCGCAUCGACCCUACGCUUGAUGCUGACCCAGAGUUUAUGUGGUUCCGCAUUGUCUAUAUGGACCGUUAUCUCAGCUUACUGCUCGGUCUACCCCAGGGAACAACUGAUAAGAGCAUAGCAGCGUCAUCGGCUUCAGGGCAUGAUCCUCCACUAGGGCAAUUCGAGCGGCAACUCACCGUCAUAGCAUCGUACAUACUAGAACGUGAUGAGCGUGCCUUUACUACGAGCGAGAUCACCUCAACCCAGUCUAUUGAUGCAGAGCUACUGAGAGUGUCUAAAAAUAUGCCGGCAAGCUUUUGGCGUCCGGCGAAUUUCCAGAACAUGAUGGUAGGAUCGCCCGACAACCUCUUGGAAGCAGUACGGCUGGGAGCCCAGGUCUACUACUACGGGUUGCUGAUCCAGCUCCAUCUACCAUACAUGAUGCACGGAAUUAGUAAUGAUACCGAGCACGAAUAUUCCAAGAUUACGUGCGUCAACGCGAGCCGGGAGAUUAUGACACGCUUCAUUGCUCACCGAAGCUUUCAACCUAAGUCCUCCUGCUCACGACCAGUAGACUUUUUUGCUCUUUUAGCUGCGAUGACACUUUCACUUGCUCACCUCGAUUCUCAUUAUCAUCGGAAUGCGACCAAUUUCCUGGCCCAUCAGCGUCUUAGCGAUCGUGCUAUGCUAAAUCAAGCCUUGGAGAGAAUGGACGUGAUGAGAGACGAUAACAAGGAUGCCGUCAUGGAAGACAGUGGUAAACUGAUCCGAAAAUUACUCGAGAUCGAGGCCGAUGCAGCAAAUGGAAGCAGCUACACUGCCAGUAGCGUCGAAACGCACGACGGUGAUGUACAGGACUCUGCAGAAAAGGGUUGUGGAGAACUGCGUUUGCUCAUCCCAUACCUCGGCACCAUCAAGAUCACUCGCCAGGGACCUAUCUCUCGGGAGCCCUUGCAACAGAGCGCUUUAUCUCAACUAUAUAAUACACCUCAGACCGAGUUUACGUACGUGGAUUCGUCAACCCGUGCUACGCCCAACGACGCCUUUGCGUCCGUACCUCAUGUAUCAUCUACGGAUUCCCAGGAGCCGCUGAUCCAUCUGCACGGCGUGCCUCAAAACCCACCGUUUUUGGGAGAGCUCCUGGGACCGGAAGAGCUGAACGGGCAACUGGAAGCAUCCAGGGAAGAACAGCAGUCUGUGCCCCAAUACCGCUUGGGCCUAGAUAAAGACACCACACUGCAGUCGCACUUGGAACUUCCCACCAUCACAGCCGACUUUCAAGACUGGGCCUUCCAGGGCGCUGAUGUGGCCUUCUUUGAUAGAUUGAUGAGAAGCUGUCCAGGACUCGACAGAUGA